ACUUUAUCGUCCAUCUGGAACAGCGUUAUACCAUGGAAAGAGCUUAUUGUGUUACCAUCAAAAGCUCGGUCAAAUAUAAAUCUUGCGUCAGCGUAGUAAAGUGGUUCUGUUACUCACCCUUUCGUCAGUUUUGAGUUUUGAGGUUUGCGUGCGGCCAGGACAGGGAUUGGAAUGCUCUCUCGCUGUUGGAAGUAAAAACAAAGAAACAUACACACAGGACUUUUGAAGAAAAUUCUAGUGCGGUGUGCUUUAUUGGAAUCCCGCAACAAAAGCAAUAACAAAAACAAAUACAAUUGGAGCAAAAUACCAAAAACAUUCAGCCAUUAAUUCCAGGACUUUUUUCUACCAUCCCUCCAGUAGUGACAGUUUUUUACCUUCGAUCGCUCUGUAUAGACGCAUCCGACCGUACAAUACGUAUUGUAAUUUGCGCGUGUGUCCUUGGUUAAUACAUUUCAGAUCCCUAACUCAGUUUUUGAAAAUAAAAAAGUAAUAUUUUUCCAUCUUUUACCAAAAAAAAAAAUCACUAACAAAUUGUGAAAUUAAGAUAUAUAAAAACAUGCACAAAAGUUAUCUAUGUCCUUGUGUUUCAUAUGCUAGUGAAAAUUGUGCAAAAAUAAAAAGAAAAAAUUAUAGUAUGAUCUAACAACACAUACCUUUGAAGUGCUUGAAAUUAUUUGCUUAAUUCUUCGCUAUUGUGUUAUUUAACAUUGGAUUAUCUUCAUUUGCAGUGGACAUACAAACAAACUUGGAUUCAGUCAGUAAAAAUAAUUUUCCAUUUUGACCUUAUUUGUAUAUCCCCUGAUUUUUUCGAAUCCUUAUUAUAACACGUCUACUAACAUUUUUUGUAGUGGUAGUUAAAAAAAGGAUACACAAAAACUUAUUUUGCUAUACAGCAGCGAUUGGUGUUUUUUAAAAGUACUCACAAAUCUUUUUCUUUAUGUGGCACCAUUGUGUCAUCAGGCUGUUGAAAACAAUAUACCUACAUAUAAGACGACAACGGUAAAAUAAUAAUGGGAUAACAAGUUUACGGAAUCAAAGUCCCAAAAGUGGGUGAAAUUUAAUGAAAAGCAAACAACAAUAUGACCUUCUUGGUCGUUUAAUUUCAUUUUAAUCUCAAAAUAUAUCUCUACAGAAAGAACAAAUAACUUUGCACAUGAUUUUCCAAGGCUUAUUAUCCUGUACCCGUUACAAACGUCGAUAUGAUAUAAAAGUGAAAAAAGUACUUGGAAGGAGGAAUACUUCUUUUUAAAUAAUAAUACUAAAAACAUGGCUCCAAUAGAUACUCAUAUUAUUCGGAGUAGAAAAACAAGGCCUUUUUUAAUACAAGAAAAAACCACUGAUAUCAAAAACGUAGCGCCGAUAGGAAUAAUAAGUUUGAAAACCAAUAUGGAUUAAUACGCAGCUGCGUAUACACAUGUUUACAAACCUACAUGUAGUGACCAUACUCUGAAAAGGAUAUUCUUUUUAUGUGAGUGAAGAAAAAAUUAAGAAAACAGAAAGAAAAGAUAGCUUAAGAACAAAAAUAUUUGCCUUAAGCAUUUUCUAAGCUACAAAAAAAAACACUACCAUUCGCAAUAAAUCGGGAAGUAUACGUUUCAUUGUGUGCAUUAAUUUUGUUUGCUUCUUGGAACUUAAAUACAUCAACUCCUUGGCUAUCCAAAAACUAGGUUAUACAAAACAUCAAGUCUGAGUUUUAGAAACCCUAGCUAGAAUAAGGAAAGCUAUAAUGCAAUGUUAAAUGUUAAAGGAAUUUUUAAUAGACGACAAAUUUUAGUAAGUGUGAAACGUUUCAUUCCGUAAAUACUAGGAGUUCGAAAUAUCUACUUCGAGAACGUUAAAUUGUAUCAGAAGCAACUUAACAAAAACUAAGUGAAUAGAAUAACUCAGCGUCAUCAGCAAAAAGGACAAAUUAUGAACUACCUAGAAAUCAUCUUUCUGUUUGUAUUACUAGAUUCGGGUUGAUAUUGAAAACUUUCUUCUUUUUAUUAUCAAUAUGAUUAAGACCUAACAAAAAUAAAAACUCAGUCCAAACUUAAACAGGAAGAAGAUUUUCAAUUCAACAAUUUAAUCUUUAUAUCUUCAGAAGAAAAAUCGUUUUGCUUAUGUUAAGUGCUAUGGCAACUCAAUCGGCUAGUAACAAUCAACAAUCAGGAUUUCAUCAUCAAGGGAAAGGACAUUGGCACCAGAAAAGACACAAUCUGACACAGAAAUAUCAGCUGCAUAGCCAAACAAAAACGAGUCAAAAUAUACAAGACACGAUGUGGUGGAGAAGAAAAACAACUUAUCAAUCCAGAAUGUGGAAGAGACAUCUAUUGGAUAGUAUAUUGCCAAUAAAUUCAGCAAUCUUUACUACACUUGCGUUGAUAAUAGUUUUGAUUUCGGGAAAUACAGUACAUGCGGCGCAACGACAGUCUUCGUCAAAACCAAAGGAAGCUAAUAAUUUAAAUGCAAUUUCACAAAAUGGUGUCGCUACUUCCUCAAACUUGAAUGUAAAUAUCAUAAAUAAUGGCUUUCGUGUAGAUCGAACAGUAAGCAAUGCAAAUGGAAAUAUUGUGGAUAGCAGUACAUCAACAAUUGCAAAUACUAUAGCCAGUAGUAGCAGUACCUCGACGGCUAUCACAACUAUUUCAAGUAAGAACAGCGGAGGAAGCAGUUUCAAGGGAUCCUCUUCCAACAUACAUAGAAAUCAAAUGGAAGUGAAUGAAGAUAAUAAAAAUGGUCCGUACUUUGAUAAAGCUGCGUCUAAGAACAUAACAGCUCUGCUUGGAAAGACAGCGUAUUUGAACUGCAGAGUAAAAAAUCUUGGAAAUAAAACUAUGCUGCUACAAGUUUCUUGGGUGAGGCAUCGUGAUAUUCACUUGCUUACAGUUGGGCGCUAUACAUACACAUCCGAUCAACGAUUUCGAGCAAUACAUCAACCACAGACUGAGGAUUGGAUCUUACAAAUCAAAUAUCCACAACAUCGAGACUCUGGUGUCUAUGAAUGCCAAGUAUCAACAACACCGCAUAUGAGCCAUUAUAUUCACCUUAAUGUCGUAGAACCAUCAACAGAGAUAAUUGGUGCACCAGAUCUCUAUAUUGAAAGUGGUUCAACGAUUAACUUAACUUGUGUUAUACUCAAUUCACCGGAACCACCAGCAUAUAUAUUUUGGAACCAUAACAGUGCGAUAAUCAAUUACGAUUCACCAAGGGGUGGAGUAACAGUUGUUACAAACAAAGGUGAAACUACAACUUCAUUUCUACUGAUUAAAACUGCUAGACCUUCCGACUCCGGACAGUAUCAAUGCAAUCCGUCGAAUUCCAAAAGUAAAGGAGUCACAGUCCAUGUUUUGAAUGGUGUUUCUCAUUCUGUUUCCAGGGGAAUUCCCAGCAGCAAUGCAGCGCGCGGGACAAGCACAUCAUCAAAUGUCUCCAAAUCAUUGUCUAUUAGUUUACCUAUCAAUAUUUUUAUCUACUAUAGUAUUUAUCAGACAGUAUCAGAAAAUUCCGAAUGUUGCCAUCCACAUUUGACCAUAACAACCAACAAUAUAAUUAAAGCCAUAAUAUUUUGCGUAACUGCACUCCUGAUAAAAUGCCUAAAUCUUUUUUCUAAGUAUACUAAUCGGACAACAAUGAUAAUCGAAUUUCAACAGUAUUCUAAUCACGAUCGAUUUGAAAAUGCUUCACUUAACUACAAACCGCACGCUUAUCAUUAUCAGCAAUCACGUCAUCAUCAGCAUCAACAUUAUAAUGAUAUUUAUAUUAAUCAGCUAAAGGAACACGUACUAAAUUUCUUAAAUGAAAAAGAGACAUAUUUAAUUGCUAAAAAGAAUGACAACCAAAUUAAAAGGCAUCGACUCAUUGGUUUAUUUACUGUCAUAUCUCAUAACCAAAUCACAGAAUCCACUUUAAUAAAAACACUCCGCAGAAAAGUUUACACUCAAGAAACUGACGUAAGGUGAGAACAAAGAAUUCUCGUGCAUCUUAAGGAACAAUCUGUUUUAUACACAUUAUACAAUAUGUUUUACUACUUCUAUCUAAGGAAAACUAAAUUUUUGUAUUAUUUUGUAGGUGUAAAUAUAAUUUAAAUUCAACACAGUAACAUAAAUUUUAAACUAAAAUUCAAAACUGCACCUGACAGAUGCAUGUAAGUAAAAAGUUUAAAAAACAAAGAUUAUAUUACAUAAAAAUAAUAAAUAAGUAUUGCAUAUAAUGUAACGUAGUAAUACCAACAACACUUAUUUCAUUCAAAUAAACAAAAUAAACAGUAGAAUAGAUGCUAAGCAAUAUUUUAAUUUUAUUCAGUAUAUUAAUUUAUGUAUUUAUCUACUUGUGGUGCUUGAUUGUCUAAGUUCAUUAUCCAGAUAGUGAUUCAAAAAACUACUAUUUGAAUUUCUUAAUUAUUUUAAACAAAUGAUGCAAACAAUGUCCACUAAAUUUUUAAGUUUUUUCCUUUUGAAAAAAAUGUGAAUUGUAAGUUUUUGAGUGUUGCUAUUUAUUUGAGAAUACUUUAAUUGCAUAACUUCUCAACUGUAAAAAGGUAGAUAUUGCUUUUUUUAUUUGGCAAUUAUGUUUGUAGUUUUAAAAAAGUCCCAACAUAUGUUACAUAACAAUAAAAUAAAGGGUUUUCAAAUAUUACAACAGCACAUAUUGUUGUUAAUUCGAUAGUGUGUUUACUUCUGGGACAUUUUACGAUUUAGAAAAAAAUAUGUUGGGAACCUUAAAAACUGCAUCCUAAAACCUAGACCUUUUGAUUAUUUCGAACUGUUAACAAAAAUUUAAAUCAAAGUGUUUCUUUUUGUUUUACCUAACGAAUGCGAUUUAGGUUAGAAUUACAACAUACAAAAUGGAAAUAUUAGUUCGUAAGGAAACAAACAACACAAUUACAAAAAAAAAAUCUAAAACUGGUAAAAAACAGAUGUAAUUACAUAAUAAUCGAAAAGUGAAAAAGUUGAUGUAUCAAUAAUGUAUACAUAAUGGUAUUGGAAAAGUUACCUGAGCUGUUUUGUAUUUGUUUUGUUCUUUAAAGAAAUGUUUGUGAUAUGUUCUUUUGGUGUGGACGAUUUGAAACCCAUUUCUGAAAAGUUUUUUGUUUCAAAUUCUUUUCUUAUAUUUUGUUUUAUAUUUAUGCAUACUUAAUUUUUUUCACAAUUUAAGAAAAUAUCGGCCUUAUUGAUUUAAUUUUUUAAAUGCUCUUCAAGUGAAUCCCACAAAAUUUGUUUUGCUUCAUAAAUGUUGAUCAAUCGGAUAACAUCCUCAUUCACACUUCACACUUUUUACAAUUUUUAAGUUUUGUAUGAAUACUACAAACAAAAAAUUGAAUGUAAGAGGAGGUAUUAUCGUCUAAGCACUCACAGCAAAUUUUGUGUUGUUAUAUUUAACCGACAAAUACACUCCGCUUCAUCUGAAUACGCACAAAUAUUUUCGAAAAUGCUUUUUAAAUUUUUUCUUAAUAUUGAGUGUUUUUGUAAAUAAAACUGCUAGCCUUGUUUCGGCCCACUUGUUAAGUAUUUUAUAGGUAAAGAAGAACCUGGUUUUGAGUCAAGUCAACUGAAUAGAUGCAAUAAAAAUGCAAUUGCUGCUUAUGGGCGUUUUCAAGUACUGGAUAGUUUAAAUUAACAAUUUUAGUGUUUUAGGAGAAAUUAAAUUUCUAAAGAUUUGAUACCAAUACCUAUUGGUAGUUCUAAAUACCUCAGCAGUGUUUCAAAAGCAAAAGAACAAAAAGAAGUAAAGAAAAGUAAAUAUUGGUGCAGUUGAAACAUAAAGUGAAGUAAAACGAACUUCAAAAAUAAAACAAAAAAUAGGCGGAAACUCAAGUUUCUAUAAACUUAUGAAAAAUCAGUUACAUACUUAACGAAUAACGGAAAGUUAUGCUGUUAUUUUUUCAAAACUCAAAUAAUCUGAAAUAGAAUACCAGUACCACGUAUUUUUUCCAGACGAUAAAACAAUUUAGUUUGGGUGGCCCUGAUGGGUCAACUUUUAUUUUCACGAUUUGAGAAAAUAAAAAGUUGUUAAAAGUUUCAUCACAACUGUGAAGAAGGUGUUUUAUAUUGAAAGCUGUCAAUUAUUUUGGAACAUAAAAAAAUAUUGCAGCUGUUUAUAAUCUCUUGAAAAUAAAUGUUUCUAAAUAAUCAAGAAUAUUUUGACCCAUAAACUUGACUUACCAACAUAAUAACGCGCCUAUUCAAUUGCACAAUACCCAUUAAUAUUUGGAAAAAAAUCAAAAAUUUGUAUGCGUAUUCAGUGGAAGCGGAGUUUAAGAACAUGAGUUAGAAGAUGCGGCAAAUUUAAUGAUCCACUUUUUUUGGGAUCAAUAUCUACGAACGGGUAAGAAACAAUUUUCUGUCAAUAUGGUUCUCCCCAAAGUUACUUUUUUUGGUUUUUACACGAUAUUAGGCCACUAAUGUCGGGUCCAGAUCUACAGAACAUUAAUUUUCUCAUUACAUUUGCCACUACUUCCAAGGCAUGUGAUUAUUUAUCUAUUAACUUUCACAUCCCUUAAAUUGUUGUGGGCUAGUGAUGAGCAUACUUAGUAAGAAGGUAAAUAACGCAAAAACACUCACAGAAUACGAACAAAAGCAAAAGCGUUCAUUCAAAAAAGUUUAAAUGUACACACAUGAGGGCCAUGAGCAUGCAUUACCAAGAUUGGAACCCAAAGCAUAUAACUUCGCACACAUAGCAUGUACCAGAGUAAAUUUGGUUGAAAAUGACAGAUGACAACAAUUUCUUUCAGAUUAUACUAAUUUAAUUUCUUUUCGUCAAGUAGAUUUUUUAGUUAUUUGUUUUAUUUAUUUAUUUUAUUUGUUUUUAUUUAUAACUUCUAUUAAAUAAUUUAGUGCCUCUCUUUACAACUUAUAUCUUACAAACAUCAGUGAUGACAUAUACGUUUUUGGCACCAAUAUUUAUUUGAAUUUAUUACAUUUAUGUAUUACAUAAAUAUUAAGUCAUUUCAGUCUGUCUGUUAACAUAAUUUAACAGACGGGAAAUAUAAUAUCCAGUGAAAGAAAAAAUUGCCAUUAGGAUUUAUGUUUAUAAGAUAUGUGUAUAAAAUGAUUGUACAUGACCCUUGUUUUUAUAGACACAUGUAAUAAUAAUUCACAGGAAAAAAUGAAUAUCUAAGAACUCAAAACAUAAUUUUUAAAUAGUGUCUUAUUUCGAACCACAUAAGACCGAAAUCAUCACGUUUUCUAAAGGUGUUUCAAAAAAGAAUUAGUCAGGGAGCAUCCAUUCCAGUGACAUUUUCUCCCAACAAAUAUACGAGUAUAUGAGCUUUUUAUUAAUACAAUUGAGCACUUUUGAAGAAGUAGGUUGAAAACCCUGUGUUAAGUAAAUGUAUAGCGUUAUAUUACAUUAAAAAUUAAAGGUAAUAAAUUAAAUGUUGUCAAAUCAUUGAAUACUAUACUAUUGGUAAGGUUUAAUUAUGUAUGAAACGAAAUAUGGGCUAAUCGCGAUCUUGGCGGCACACCCCUAUCAAAUUUUAGUGUGCCGAAUUAUCUCAUCCCUUAGCUCUUGAAUUGUUGCUGGCUUAUCGACGUACACUUUUUUCUCAGGUGAACCCCCAAAGAAAAAAGUCCAACGGUGUCAAAUCACAUGAUCUUCAACACCAAUAUGCCGCCGCCGGGCCAUAAACCGCACUAAACAGUCAUUCUUUGUGGGUGCAUUCGUUUUUCGGCAAUCACUUUGGAUUAUCGCCCAAAUGUGCUAAUUCUGCUUAUUGACAAAUUCACUGAGUUGAAAAUGUGACUCAUCACUGAAGAUGUUUUUCAAUUGUUCGAGUGUACAUAUACAUUUCCAUGUGAUAAAAUUGAGUAAGUCUGAAAUUGAAAAAUGUUUAAUGAAAUGACGCUUAGGUUUGGUUCACAUUCAAUAUCGGGCCUUAACAUCUAACCACUAUUCAUCUGUUUAAGACAUAACGAACAAAUUAUUUCAAGAAGGUUCUAGCCUCCUCACGAAGAAAACUUUAAUACGUAUAAUCUGAAGGAAAUGCUUGUUAUAUUUUAUUUUCUAACAACAUUUUUGAGGUACGCAUGUUUAGUUUUGAACUUUUUUCCUACCCAAUUCUUUCUUCGAUGAUUUUUUAGCCAAGCUCAAUUAUAUCAAAAUCUUAAUUGCUCUAUCACAAGAGUUCAAGGUACAUGUGUAUUGGGUAUAAGUAUUUAUAAUUGUUUAUAACUUAUUUUUGUCUGUAAAAUUUGUUAAUUAUAUACAUACAUAUACAUAACUAUACAUUAAGUCAAACUAUAUUUAUGUAAAUACAUAUUUUGAUUUAUUAUUGUAUUAUGUUUUUAUUUCUAUGAAAUAAAAGAAUAGUAUUUUUUAUGUUUGUGUCUUGUAAUUAAAUUUUUUUUGUUGAUAUUUGUUUCUAAGCUUCAUUGAAAAAUGUUUCGAUAUUGGUAUGAAUUAAAAUAUUGUUCCUUAGCUGUUGGUGAAUAUUUCAUAAGACUUAAUUUGUUUAAAUGUUUAAUAGUUUAAAAUUUUAAGAAAAUAACAUCGGUUUUAAUUGGUUUGUUUUCUAUGAAUUAAUUUUAUUUGUUUUUAAGUAUGUAUAGUAUAUUAAGGUAAUUCCUUCUCCUUUAUUGCCUCUGGAACUAACUUUAUGUUGUGUACAUGGUGAUAUAGAAGCAUACAUUCAAAAAUGCUUUUGCAUGGUAUUGAAAUAAUCAAGUUUAAGGCUGACUUUGGAUUGUACAUUAAGUGAUUAUAUUUCAGUAAGCAUCAUAAACUGUACCUCCGAUCUAUACACGAAACAGGAAUUAUUAUUAUUUGCCCUAUAGAUUUAUUUUUAAUAGAUAAAAACAAAAUUUCAAUACAACCACUCUAUCUUUUCAGAACUAGUACAAUCAAUAUGCUUAUUGUUGACAUUUUGUUUUAUUUAGUAUUGCCGAAACACAAUUUUAUUAAUUAUUUAAAUAUUAUUAACUGAUAAUUAUAUCACCAAUAUCAUACAUUUGUCGUAUGUUUAUUAAAUUCAGUAUUUAAUAAAUUAUAUCCUUACCAGUGAAGAAAAAAAAUAAAAAAAAAUCCAGAGGACUAUUGAUAUUGUUAUUUAGGUAAAAAUUAGUAAAAAAAAAAAAACAAAAAGCUAUAAGAAUAUGAAGAUAAAAAUCUUAAAUUACAAAGUAAUUCAAUUGCAGAAAUUAUGAAAUGUUAUUCAAAGUACUGUUACUGUUAAUAAAUACGAUAAUAACUAGGAAUGAAUUUAUCGAUUUUUUUCUUAAAUUUAAAAUAAUGUUAAACUUAAAAAUUCAAGAAAUUAAAUUACCUUGAAACAAAUAUGUACAUGUGUAAUAAUUAAGUUAAAUUAUUGUAAACAUAAAAAAGCAAAAA